AUGUCAAGCACGCAAAGCAACGGCACGUCCUCCAAGGACACGUGGUGUUUCGGGAAGCAGUCAGUGACAGAUGCCAUUGAGGCUGUGAGGAACGGACAGAUGGUCAUUGUGGUCGAUGACGAAGAUCGCGAGAACGAGGGAGAUUUGAUCAUGGCGGCAGAGAAAGCAACAAAAGAGACCAUUGCCUUCAUGAUCAAGCACACUUCCGGGGUGAUAUGCUGCGCCAUUGAGGGGGAACGAGCUGUAGAUCUCCAGCUCCCUCAGAUGGUUGAGAAGAACGAGGACGCCAAGUGUACUGCCUUCACCGUCUCUGUCGACCUUCGGCAUGGCAUCACGACGGGCAUCUCAGCUUCCGAUCGUGCGGCCACUCUCCGAGCUCUGGGGAGCAAGGAGAGCAAAGCAAGCGACUUCACCAGACCCGGUCACAUCUUUCCGCUUCGGGGAGUUCCAGGAGGAGUCCUCUCGCGCGAGGGACACACUGAGGCAUCGAUCGACCUUUCCGUCCUCGCCGGCUGCACUCCGGCCGGCGUCCUCUGCGAGAUUGUCACUGAAGAUUGCUCUGAGAUGAUGCGCGUACCGGAGCUGAAGGUCUUUGCGAAGAAGCAUUCCCUUGUUUUCACUUCAAUCCAAGACCUCAAGAUGUAUCGCCGCAGUCUUGACGCAGCAAACUAA